GUGGUGCAGCCGGGAUCCACUCCUUUGGACGAGGGCGUCGCCAUCGUCGCCGAAGUGCACCGCAUGGAGGCGCUGAACUUCGUGCCUGCGCAACGCCUGGCUGUGAUCGAAGCUACAGCAAUGGUAAACAUUCACAUUGCUGCGGCCACUGCUCCAUUGGACUGCAUACGGAAAGAUGUGAUCGUGCAUGGAUCAAAGUACAGAUGCAACCGCUCCGAGCCAGGAUCAGUACGUGUGUCACCUCGGGCUGCCAGCGCGCAGCUGGCCUCACACACCUUCACUGCUGCACACUGUGCGUAUGGCGCAGAGGAGCCGACCACACGGAUGCCUGCCAUGAACGUCAGUCAGUGGUGCAAGUGCGCGGCAUGGAAGAUGAUGCAUCAGCGCAUGCGUCUGCUGCUGGCACCCGCACCAGUACGACUGCGGGUGGAGGUUCCUCAUCUUCCGUGGAGCGGCCUGGAAAUACUCUGA